AAACAAAAGAAGGAACCAACUGAAAAGUGCACUUUUUGAUUUGAUUUUCCUUUUCCUUUUAAUUCUUUUAGUGUUAUUUUGCAGGUUAAAACGAGUCGCUCCCGAAGGAUAUAUCUCUCGUUGGAUUUUAAAGCUACGUGAUUUUAAUUAAUACACCAAUCAUUUCUGUUUUCUUUGAGAAGAGUCAAAUGUCUUUAGAUGGUAAUUUUAGCAUUGAAUCCUCACUCGAGAGGUUUCUUGCUCGCUGCCCUAAGGUUGGACGUGCUCAGAGGUUUAAGUCUCUUGUAGAAAAGGGACGCCUGGUGACUGAAGAAGAAGUGGUGAGCUCUGUGGCAGAGCUACUUCUGCAUCCUAAAUAUACAAUUCCAUUGAUCGGGUGUUUUCGUCCAAUAGCACAAGGAGUAGUGGACAAAACUGUGACUUUGUUGAGGCUUGUACCGAGUUUGAGAUCAAAUUUAGCUGUUAGUGUUGCUGAAUCAGGAUAUAUUGACGAUGAAGAAGUUAUUAAUGUUAUUGAGUUUCAUACUCAACAUGGGAGGGGAUUGGAUCUUCAUGAGCUUGCUUGCCUAGCUUUCUGCCAUGCCCUUGAUUUGGCUCCUUUUUUGUUGGGGUCUGUGUUAAAUUACUUCAAAUUUGCUCCUCCUCCUUUUGAGCGCAUUUUGAUGAAAGGGAGUAUUCUAGAGCCAUCUUCAAAGGUUAUUACUUAUUACUUGCAUGUCGUGCGGACAUCCUAUCGCCUUCUGGUCAUGGAAACCAAUGUUUUCUCUAAAUUUUGGGAUUGGUCAUGUUUCUUGGACUUCGUAAGGGAGGUUGUAAAUCUUGAUCAAGGCAGUGAUAUCAAGUUUGAGGAGGAUAUCUCAGACAUAAGAUGGUGUGGUAUACAAAUACUAUCUGUAAUAUUGAAUAUGAAUGACAGAUCUAUCGCGAAGUUUGGAGUCGGGGCUGCAGAAGCACAUUCUUGUUUUUUGCGAUGGGAAGAAUUCUGCCAAGAUACAGCUAUUGAGAAGGCCGGUGCAUAUAUUGGAACCUUUGAACAAAAUAAGCCAGCUUCUGAAAAUAUAGAACUUUGUUUUGGUCAAGAAAACUACCUUCAAUCUUAUGGCCUUGGGUCUUUUACAUCAUCACAGUUUCAUGAAACUGAGCCACCUUUAAGAAUUCAGAGGCUGGUGGAGUGGGACAAUAAAGUAGCUGGAAUACCUUAUGUCAUGACAUCUAGAUCAAAGCGAAGUUUUGAGAUGGUGCUGUUGGCAGUCAGUCAAAAGUGGCCUGUUCUUCUGUAUGGCCCUGCAGGUUCUGGGAAAUCUGCCCUUAUUAGCAAAAUGGCCUGUGACAGUGGGAACCAUGUACUUUCUAUUCACAUGGAUGAUCAAAUUGAUGCAAAAACAUUGGUUGGAAGUUAUGUUUGUACUGAGCAACCUGGUGAAUUUAGAUGGCAACCUGGAUCACUUACUCAGGCUAUUUUGAAUGGAUUUUGGGUUGUGUUUGAGGAUAUUGACAAAGCACCGUCAGAUGUGUUAUCUAUUAUAUUACCAUUAUUGGAAGGUUCAAGCUUAUUUACAACUGGUUUUGGGGAGGAAAAUAAGGUGGCUGAAAGCUUUCGUUUAUUUUCAACUAUUUCUACAUCCAAAAUUGAUCUCUCUCGUGGAAUAGAAGGUGGGAGUUUGAAUGGAGUGCUGUGGAGGAAAGUGAUGAUUGAGCCGCCAAAUAACCAAGACUUAAAAAAGAUAGUAACAGCAUGGUAUCCAAAUUUGGAGCCCCUUGCUGAAAAGCUUGUAGAAACUUUUGAAGUGGUUAACCCUAUCUAUCUACACCAAUCCUUGGACUUUAAUCCUGGAAAACCUGUUUCCUUAAGUUCACUCAGCAAGUUCUCAUUGAGGGAUCUACUCAAGUGGUGUAAAAGAAUUGCUGGACUGGGUUUUAGUUUUACCUCUGAUGUUUUGACAGCUUUUGAAUGCCUUUGUAUUUAUAAGGAGGCAGUGGACGUAUUUGCUAGCUUUUCAACAUCUGUUGGAAACCGGUUGGCUAUAAUGAAAGAGAUUGCGAAGAAGUGGGCGGUUCCAACUUAUCAGGCAGAAACUUUGUAUCCUCACGAUGAACCUAUAAUUAAGGAUUUUCCUUCUGAAUUUAGGAUUGGACGAGUCAGGCUUCAACGAAUUGAAGCAAGUUUAUAUGAUGAAAAGAGAUCUUUUGUUAAGAUUCGUAGUUCUUUGCAUGUACUUGAGAGAAUAGCUUGCUGCGUUCAGUAUAAUGAACCUGUUUUAUUGGUUGGUGAAACUGGCACUGGGAAGACUACACUUGUGCAGAAUCUUGCUAUGAGGCUUGGGCAGAAACUUACUGUUCUGAACUUAAGUCAGCAAAGUGAUGUUGCUGAUCUACUAGGAGGAUUUAAGCCUAUGGAUGCUCGGUCUAUCUGUGUUCCCCUAUACAAUGAAUUUAAAUUUCUUUUUUCAAGGGCAUUUUCCAUGAAGGGUAAUGAUGAAUAUUUUGCUCGUUUACAAGAGCUUUUGUGUAGUAAGAAUUGGGAGAAGUUACUUCGUAAACUUAAGAGUGGUAUUAAUUUGUUCAAAAAGUUAGUGGAAGAAGAGAGGUCCGGGUCAGCAAGAAAGCGGAAGAAACCUUUAGAUGUAGAAAAGAAAGUUAAAGCUUGGGAGGACUUUUCUGCUAGACUUGAAACUGCCCACAGCCAGAUUGCCUCUUCUGGGAUUGUAUUUUCCUUUGUAGAAGGUGUCUUUGUGACUGCGCUUAGAAAUGGUCAGUGGGUUUUGCUUGAUGAGGUGAAUUUGGCCCCUCCUGAGAUUUUGCAGAGAGUUAUUGGUGUUCUUGAGGGGGAGAAUGGGUCACUUUGUUUAGCUGAAAGAGGUGAUGUAAGUAACAUUAACAGGCAUCCUAAUUUUCGUGUAUUUGCUUGCAUGAAUCCUGCAACCGAUGCUGGUAAGCGGGAUUUGCCAUAUGCUUUACGGAGUAGAUUUACAGAAUACUUUGUUGAUGAUAUAUUGGAUGACCAAGAUUUGGACAUAUUUAUUCAAAACUUUUUGGGUGACAGUGGAUCAAGUAGUGAAUUAGUAGAAAGAGUUAGAUGCUUUUAUAAAAUAGCCAAGAAGGAUUCUGACGAAAGGCUGCAAGAUGGGGCCAAUCAAAAGCCACAAUACAGUUUAAGGUCUCUAUACAGGGCACUAGAAUUUACAAGGAAGGCAGAGAGAAAAUUUGGGUUUCAGAAUGCAAUUUAUGAUGGAUUCUAUAUGUUUUUUGUUAGUUUAUUAGAUAGGCCAAGUGCAAAGAAAAUGAAGGAAAGGAUUUUGCAGUAUCUGUUAAGAGGAAGUAAACCUUCUCAUCUACCUUUUCAUCAGUACAUAAUGAUCAAAGAGAGCUCCAGUUCUAAUGAAUUCUUGAAGAACUAUGUCCUGACUAAGACUAUUAAAAAGCAUCUAAGAAACUUGUCACGUGCCGUUUUUAUAAAAAGAUAUCCAGUUCUUUUACAAGGUCCAACUUCUAGUGGGAAGACUAGCCUUGUUCAGUAUCUUGCUACCAUCACUGGUCAUGAAUUUGUUAGGAUAAAUAAUCAUGAGCACACUGAUCUACAGGAGUAUUUAGGUACAUACAUAACUGAUGCACAUGGGAAGCUUGUAUUUCAGGAGGGUGUGUUGGUUAAAGCAGUUCGGAAUGGCUACUGGAUCGUUUUGGAUGAAUUGAAUUUGGCUCCAACUGAUGUUCUGGAAGCGUUAAAUCGUUUGCUUGACGACAACAGGGAGCUCUUUGUGCCUGAACUGCGUGAAACAAUUCGAGCACAUCCAAAUUUUAUGCUUUUUGCAACUCAAAACCCACCUACUUUCUAUGGUGGACGUAAAAUUCUUUCUCGAGCAUUUCGCAAUCGAUUUGUGGAGAUCCAUGUUGAUGAAAUACCAGAAAAUGAAUUGAGCACAAUUUUAAAGCAGAGGUGUCAGAUACCUGAAAGCUAUGCCAAGAAAAUGGUUGAGGUUAUGAAGGAGUUGCAGCUGCAUCGCCAAAGUAGCAAAGUAUUUGCUGGAAAACAUGGAUUUAUAACUCCAAGGGAUUUGUUCCGUUGGGCUGAUCGCUUCAGAAUUUCUGGGAUAUCUUAUGAAGAUUUGGCAAGAGACGGAUAUCAUCUUCUGGCUGAGAGGCUACGGGUUGAGGAUGAGAAACGUGUAGUUCAAGAAGUCUUGGAGAGACAUCUCCGUGUCAAACUUGUCAAAGAUGACUUAUACAAUCCGGAGUUGCUUGGAGAGGAACCUGUGCCAGAGAGUUUUGGGAACGUUAUAUUAACUGAAAGCAUGAGGAGAUUGUACUUCCUUGUUAGACGUUGCUAUAAGUUUCGUGAGCCUGUUCUCCUUGUUGGUGAAACUGGUGGUGGGAAGACUACAGUGUGCCAGUUACUGAGUAUUGCCUUGGGGUUAAAUUUACACAUUUUGAAUUGUCACCAGUAUUCUGAAACGUCUGAUUUUCUUGGGGGUUUCUAUCCAAUUCGAGAUAGAUCGAGGUUGUCCUUAGAAUACAAACGUUUAAUUGAACAGUUGAAGCAAUUGAAGGUUUUUAUCCACUUACCUCAGGAGUUGGAUAUUUCUUCAGAUAUUAAUCAUGCUUCAUCAACUCUUAACCAGUUGAAUGUGGUUUGUGGCAAGUACAGACAAGGGCAUCUUUCAAAUCCUGCCGUUGAUUUACAAGAUAUCAAUAAUUUAGAGGAGGUUAAGCAGGAGCUUGAUCAACUUAAUCGUAAAUGGCUGACAAUUUUUAUGUGGCAAGAUGGGCCUCUUGUUCAAUCUAUGAAAUCUGGUGACUUAUUUCUUGUCGAUGAAAUUUCCUUGGCUGAUGAUAGUGUACUGGAAAGGUUGAAUAGUGUCUUGGAGCCAGAAAGGAAAUUGUCUUUGGCUGAGAAAGGAGGUAAUGUUCUAGAAAAUAUCACAGCUCAUGAGAACUUUUUAGUUCUUGCAACAAUGAAUCCUGGUGGUGACUACGGUAAAAAGGAAUUAUCUCCUGCUCUUCGUAAUCGGUUUACUGAGAUAUGGGUUCCAUAUGUUAGCGAUUUGAGCGAGCUUAGGAGUAUUGCUUCAAAUAGAUUAUCCUGCUUUGAGAUGUCUUACAUUGUCAAACCUAUGGUAAACUUCUAUGAGUGGUUUAAUCAAUUGCAAAUUGGGAGGUUCCUCACUGUCAGAGAUCUUCUAUCUUGGAUAGCAUUUGUUAAUGCGUCUAAGUUGGGACCAGAGCAUGCGGUUAUUCAUGGUGCCUUCCUUGUUUUGCUUGAUGGACUAAGUUUAGGGACUGGUCUUUCUAAGAAGGAUUGUAGUGAGUUGCGGGAAAGAUGCUUGUCUUUUCUUUUAGAGCUGGUACAGGUGGACAAUACAAAUUGGUUGCACUCAAAACUUUCGAAAAUGAACAAUUAUGGUUGGGGUGAUCUUGGAGCACCUAGAGAGGCCAAUACAGAUGGCAUGCUACAUGAUGAUUUCUUUGGCAUUGAUCCGUUUUACAUUGAAAAAGGUUCUAAAAAGACUGAGGCGGGAGUUGAGUUUUUGGCACCUACUACACGUAAAAAUGCUUUACGAGUGUUGCGGGCCAUGCAGCUUUCGAAGCCAGUUUUAUUGGAAGGUAGCCCAGGUGUUGGGAAAACAAGCUUGAUAGUCGCAUUAGGAAAAUUUUCGGGGCAUCAAGUUGUUCGCAUAAAUUUAUCUGAGCAGACUGACAUGAUGGAUUUGCUUGGGUCUGACUUGCCUAUUGAGAGUGAUGAAGGGAUGAAGUUUGCUUGGUCUGAUGGAAUUUUAUUGCAGGCUUUGAAGGAGGGUUGUUGGGUGUUGUUGGAUGAACUUAAUCUUGCUCCACAAUCUGUCUUAGAGGGUUUAAAUGCAAUUUUGGAUCAUCGAGCCGAGGUCUUUAUUCCAGAACUCAGUCGUACUUUUAGGUGCCCGGCAUCUUUCCGUGUUUUUGCUUGUCAGAACCCUUCUUCUCAAGGUGGUGGCAGGAAAGGCCUACCGAAGUCUUUUCUUAAUCGUUUCACUAAGGUAUAUAUUGACGAGCUAGUUGAGGAGGACUACCAUUUCAUCUGCAGCUCUCUGUAUCCAUCAGUUCCAAGUUCUGUUCUCUCAAAUUUGAUCUCAUUCAAUGGAAGGUUACAUGAGGACACAAUGUUGUACCACAAGUUUGGUCAGAAUGGAUCACCUUGGGAGUUUAAUCUGCGUGAUGUGCUUCGGUCGUGCCAGAUCCUACAAGGUGAACCAGUUAGUAGCUUUGUCAAUCUCAUCUAUGUUCAAAGAAUGCGUACUGCAGCUGACCGCAGACAAGUUAUGAAGCUGUAUGAACAGAUUUUUGGGGUUAAACCAUCUAUAAAUCCUUACCCGAGAGUGCAGCUCAAUCCUGAUUACUUGAUUGUUGGGAGUGCUGCUAUUAAAAGAAAAUUUUCUCAGCCAUCCGGAAGUUUUAGUCAGCUGAAAGUUCUGCCCAGUGUUCGUUGCAAUCUAGAAGCUGCUGCACAUUGUGUACAACGAGGAUGGUUGUGUAUCUUGAUUGGCCCACCAUCUUCUGGAAAAACUUCAUUGAUAAGGUUGCUGGCUCAACUUAGUGGCAACGUACUACAUGAAUUGAAUCUGUCAUCAGCAACUGACAUUUCUGAACUGCUUGGAUGUUUUGAGCAAUAUAAUGCUCUUCGCGAUUUUCGCUUGGUUGUUUCUCAAGUUGGUCAUUUUGUUAAUGAGUAUAGCAGUUUGGUAUUGGAGGCCUCAAUGGAUACAUUCUUGCGAGAAAGAAAGGAUUUGAUUGCUGGAUGGCUUGCCCUUUUAUCUGAUGUUAAUACUGGCUUAAUGCCAAGUUCCUCUUUUAUGUGCUCAGAGAAUUGGAAUGUCAUUUCCAAGUCUCUUUCUUCAUUGGUGGAAAUAAUUGAACAGCUAAAGUUCGAUUUGGAGAAAAAUGUUUUGCCUGUAUCCUGGUCAAGCAAGGAUCUGGAAAGAACCAUGAAGACCAUAAUAAAAUUGCAAGAUCACAAGAAAAAGCCAUAUUCUGUUAAGUUUGAAUGGGUUAUGGGAUUGUUGAUAAAGGCUAUAGAGAAUGGAGAAUGGAUAGUUCUUGAGAAUGCAAAUCUUUGUAAUCCUACGGUUCUUGAUAGAAUAAACUCUUUGGUUGAACCAGACGGAACAAUUACUGUCAACGAGUGUGGGUUUGUUGAUGGAAAACCUGUAGUCCUUCAUCCCCACUCCAAUUUUCGAAUGUUUCUCACUGUAAACCCAAGCUUCGGUGAAGUAUCUCGAGCGAUGCGAAACAGAGGUGUUGAAAUAUUCAUGAUGGAUCCGUAUUGGAUUUUUGAGGAAGGAAGUGGAUACAAUUCAGAGGAGCUAGCAAUGGAAGAUGUGAAGAGUUAUCUUGUUCUUGCUGGCAUUCCUGGGGUUAAGUUGGUUGACUCAAUGGCCAAAGCACAUACCUAUGCUAGGGUUGAAGGUAUAUCUCUUAAUGUGCGAAUCACUUAUCUUGAGCUUGCAAGGUGGGUUCAGUUAUUUCAGCAUCUUCUCAUGAAUGGGAAUCAGCUGCUGUGGAGCCUACAAAUAAGUUGGGAGCAUACCUAUCUUUCAUCUUUCGGCGAGAUCGAAGGGGUGAAUCGUCAUCAUGCAAAGAAUGCUUACUUGUCUGUGACUGAAUUGCACACCUAUUUGUUACCGGAGUCUGCUCUUUCUCUGCCUGGAGGAUGGCCAAUGCCAUUGACAUAGGAUCUUGCGUGGUAUUCAAGAGAGGCCUGUGUCAAGCUGAACUGCUCAUAUCUAGAGUUCUUGGGAGCACACUAUGCAUCACAUAAACUUGCAGUCAGCUGUGGUAUCUGCCCUGUUGAGGACGUGCUACAUAGGUGUGGAUGCAAGGGAACCUAUCUAUUGGACUUGAAGUUACAUAGGAGACUCCAUCCUCAUGUUUCUAAAAGAGUGACCUCAGAUUCUGAUGACAAAAUGGAAUUGAACUUAAAUGUUACAAAUAAGAUGAUGUUGUUUGCUGCAAACUGGGCAAUUGAACAGGCAACAGAAGAUGAUUUCCAGCUGUAUCUUCAGUGGUUUAGCUGGUUUAGUUUUCAAUUGGAGUCAUAUGGUCAGUUUUUCAAAUAUUUUUUAACUUCGCUUGAACAGAGGAGGCAUCCGAUUUGGACCUAUAUAAUUCGCUGCCGUCAAGAACUUAUAUCACUUAAUCAAGUAGAUACAGGCUUACAUCCAACUGCCAUGCUUUCUCUGGAAUUAGUUAAUUUAACGUCAUCAAAUCAUUUGUCAGAUACUUCAAGUAAACUCUUGUCUGAUGCUAUUCGCUGUGUGGGCCUACUCAGACUUAGUUCUCAACAGUGGAAUGCUGAAAGUAGGCAUAAAUACACAAAUGAGUCACGUUGUUUCGUACCUUUUCUGGAAGCGCUCCGCAUUUUGGAGGAGGAAAUCUUAAAUACGCUUGUCGGGUCUCCUUUUGAUUUAUUAUACGAGUUAUACACCAAUCUACUUGAAGAUCACAUACUCUUUUGGAAAUGUCUUAUCUCAUGGCAACUUGAGGGAUUGUUGAUCUCUUAUCGGUCAUUGUUAAAAGAUGCUGGAAAGCUGAAAAUUUGCCCUUCCGCCGUUGAGAAUAUGCUGGUAACCAAGAAUUUUGCUGAAAAUUUGUCAUUGUGUUUUAAAUCGGAGAAAUCACUGCUAUGGGUUCAUGGUGGUCACCCAAUUCUGCCCUCAUCUCCCAAAUUAUAUCAUCAACAGCAUCAGCUUUUACAGUUCUGUGAUUUUGUUUGGCCUACAAAGGGAAAAUCAUUCAAGCAGGUGAACGAGAUUCCAAUUGAUUUUGUAGUAUCUUUUGAUCCUGAACUUCGGUUCAUUGCAUUGGAAGGUAUUUGCAUGUUAUCCCAUAUUAUGGGUAAAUGUGAUGAAGAUGAAAUCCAUGUUUCUCAUCAAAUGGAGGAGGUGUAUCAGAUGCUUUUGAAAAGGUUGGAACAUGAGAAAUGCAAAUUGUUGAGCAAAUACAGGCCUGAUGAUGCUAUUCUUGGGACAAAAUCAGCUACAUGUGUUUUUGGAUCUGAGAUGAUGUGCUCAAGGUCUGGUUUAGGCAGUUGGAUGGAUAUACAUCCGGUAGUUGACUCUGCUAGUUGUUUCCUAGAUAUGGAGCUACUACAAGAGCUAUCGUUGCUCACUUUGGUCGAUAGUGAGUUGCUGAAACAAAAGGGUUUGGUUGAUCUGUCAAGCUCUCUGGAAUCUGGUUUGAAGUAUUCACUGACUUAUUCAACAAGGCCUCCACAAUAUUUUGAACCGCAUCAAAAACUUCUAUGGUUAAUUGAUGCAUGGACAUCGGUGGAUGCAGUGCAUGCAAAAGUUUCUAGUUUUGUACUAGAGAUGUGGUUUUGGUGGCAUUCGUUAUUGUGGAGCCAAUGUGCUGCUGAUGUCAUGAGUUUCUCACUAAUUGAUGGUUAUCAUGUUCCACUACAUGCACUUAUUCGGCCUCUGAGAACAGCUACCAUUGCCGGUAUAUUGCGAAGUACACAUGAUAUCAAGGAUUUCUCCAUGCGUUGUAUGAAGCUUAAGGUUUCUUCAUGUGUUCUGUUGCAAGUUCCUUCCCCAAGGACCGAGACACGUAGUUUUCUUUUCUCUACUGCCCGCUCUCUUUUCCAACAGAUUAUUUAUUCACAAAAAUCUUUUGACACGGAGAAGUAUACUGCCAUCAAGUCUAUUCUCUGUUCACCUUUGAACAACGUAACGGAAGAAACUUUAGGGCAUGUUAUCUCACUCAUUGCUUCAUCAAGUCAUCAAAGUUUGAAGUCGUUGAUUGCUUUGCACAUUGAACCACUGCUCAAAACACUAUACUUUAAUUGCUCUUCCACUGAAUCAUACUUGGAUCUUGCUACUGCUUGGAUACAUAUUGGAGGAUUACGUUUUCAUCUCUUGCUUCAAAGUGACAGUCUGGAUCCUACCAGAAAAUAUUCAUGGAGAUUAUCCCAUUUAGAAGAAAAGAUUGCUUCUACUAAACUCGAGAUGAAGGUGCGGCAAGAAUGUAAUCAUUUGGCAGGAUGGUCUUCAUCAGAAGAAACUGAUAGCAGAAUAUCACAAGCAUUAGAAAAGCUUGAAAUUGAACGUAGAAAACUGCUAAGGAAGAUUGUUUACCGCCCUCAUCCUGCAAAAUUCAAAGCGCUAAGAAAAGAAUGUGAUGAGUUUCUUGUACUUGUUAAUUCUUCAAUGUGUUUGGUCAAUAAUACUGAAGGCAUGGAGUUGCAAGAAAUUUUUGACAAAGCAUGCAACUGGCAGGAGACAACCAGCAGUUUCAUUGAUCGUUUGUCAAAUGAAUAUUCUGAGUACUACGAUGUAGCCCAGCCCAUUCAAGUGGCUGUAUAUGAAAUGAAGUUGGGAGUAUCUCUUGUUUUGUCGAGUGUUUUGCAGAAAAAAUUUCUUGACAAAAUCCAGGAGGGCAAUAUGGAUAGAGUUCUGGUGAUGUAUCCAUUUGUUUGAUCUGAUUUCUCAUUUGUGAGAUUCCCUAGGGGGUGCCCUUUUGAAUUAGUUUCUAUCAAUGACAAGAGGAGGCUGCCAAUGUUUUCUUCCUUUGACAUGCCUUGUAUUACGAAUUUCUCUGAAAGGGAGUUGAGCUUACUGGAAAAGUUGAUUACCAUUUCCAGUGAUGUCGACACUGAAAAAGGAUCUGUUUUGCAAUUAAAAGCUGCUCUAUAUAACAAUGUUCUUGUCCGUACUGCACAUUCGGUGGCUACUGCAAAAUUGAUGGAUAAUGCAUCCUUUAGGCUUUUGGACAAAAUCUUCUCUGGAGUCGCAAGCAUUUGGAUGUGUAUGAAAAUUCAAGGGAAAAAUCAAGAAGAACUUGAUGGUCGAUCUUUUACGUUCAGGCCUCGUGCCUGUAGGAUUGAAAAUGUAAUGGAAGUGGAUAUAUCAGCUCUAGGCAAGCUGCUUUCGAGUGACAACUUCAUUGAAUGGCAAGAGUUGCUGUCUGACGCAGAAUCCACUGAAAUGAUGGAAGAGGGAGAGAAAAAUGAAAAUUUACAGGACGAAUGGAGCUUAAUGGAAGAAUCUAUUCUUAUCAACAUGAUUCAUAUGCACAAUCAAUUGUUUGGAUCCAGUGAUCUUGUACUCACUCCUGGAUCUCUUCAAAUUACUGAUGUGGACAGAUUGCAUUCCUUCAUGGGUUCUUACACUUUGGGAGUUGGAAUGAUCAAAGGUUUUGGAGGUCUAUUUUCUUCGGCUUUGGAUGCCAAACUUGUUCCAGAGCAUCUACUUCGACUGUGGUGUGAGUAUGAGCAGAAGUUUCCUUUUGCUCAUAAAGCAGCUUGCAAAUAUAACUUUUACAAGGAUUCAAAUACCAACAUAAUGGCCAAAAUGGUGGAUUUGCUCAUCACGCUUAAGCAUCGAGUUCUGACUCUUCUAAGUGAAUGGGAAGAUCACCCUGGUCUCCAGAAAGUCUUAGAUGUGAUUAAAAUGCUUUUGGCUCUUCCUCUGUGCACCCCUCUGGCUAAGGCACUUUCAGGAUUGCAAUUCCUGCUUAACAGGACUCGUAUGCUAUUGGAGAAUGGAUCAAAAUUCUCUCUCUCUGAACAACUUGAACCUCUUAUUUCUCUGGUGUGCUCAUGGCAAAAAAUGGAGUUCGACUCGUGGCCAGUGUUGUUCGAUGAGGUGGACGACCAGUAUGAUGUCAAUGCUGCUAAGUUAUGGUUUCCACUUUACUCAGUUCUUCAUCCAAAGCAUUCUUCUGAUACUGCUGGACAUGAUCAGUCUACAAUUGCAAGUUUGGAGGAGUUCAUUCAAACAUCAAGCAUUGGUGAAUUCAGGAAACGUCUUCAACUUCUUUUUGCAUUCUUGGGGCAAAUAGUUAGUGGUAGAAGUCUUGGAAUUUAUUCUAGUCCUUGGCAAGAUGAAAAUAUCAAAAUUUUGUACAACAUAUUUGGCUUCUAUGUGCAAUUUUUACCAAUUGUAAUGGAGUUCAUAGAAACUAAUAGGAAAAAAAUAGAGACUGAAUUGAAAGAUCUUCUGAAAUUGUGUCGGUGGGACCGUUUUGAGAGUCAAUCGUCCUUUGACAACUUGAAAAAGCCUCGGCAGAAGAUCCAGAAACUAAUACAGAAGUACAGUGAUAUGCUGCAGCAGCCUGUUAUGCUUAUUCUCAGUGAAGAGGUGGGGCAGAAAGGAUUGAAAAUUGUUUCGAUGCAAAGUCCAAAGCCAAAUGAUACUGCUGAGAGCACUAGAAUUUUAAAUUCUGUUUUAAAUCUGGCACAGUUCAAUGAUGAAAACAGGUCUAUGUGGUAUACCAACUGGGGCAAGAAAGUAAAUGACACAAUUCAAAACUUGCACCUUGAAAAGAUAACAACUGAAUUACAUUUUGUUAAUUCUGAAGACAUAGCAGGUGUCAUCAGGCAAUUCCCCUUUUUUCAGUUCAUGUGCUUAUCAAACCAGGAUCAGUGGAAUGAUGUGUGGCACACACUUGAAAAAAUAGGUAGAGUGACUAUGGAUUGUGGUGACCUUUGGAUGGAUGUUAACAGAAAUCAAAGGAAGAAGAGGGCCCUGUCUGAGCUUCUAAAGCUGUUAGAAAGCAGCGGGUUACAUCGACACAAGUUUGAAAUUAUGGAGAUAUCCAAUCCUUCAAGCUGGUUAUUCCUUCAGCCAUCGUAUGAUGCAAAGCACUUGUUAAUGGAACGAACUAGGCUGCCAAAUGGAGUUGCUGAUGUUUCUCAUGUGGAAAAAUGUUUGCCCAAGGAAAAUCUGGAUGCUGAAUGGAGAACUGCUAAUGAGUUUUACUUCAAAAGCUUGGCUGCAGUGCAGGUUCUUCAACAAAUUCGCCUGAAACAUCAUCAAGAUUUUACAUCUGAGCAGGUUAGCCGGUCAGUUUCUUAUCUUAGCCAUCUCAUAGUUAUACAACAAAUGCAAAGAGAAGCUGCCUAUCAUUUUGCUAGACAAUUAAAGACCUUGCGCAAAUAUACCACUGCCCUGGAAAGUUCAUUUUCACGUUGCGAGGACAUUUUUGAAAAAACAAAUUGUGGUUGUGUUUUUUCCAAAAGUCAACAUGCCACCUUUAACUGUAUGUGGCAACAGAAGCAACUGUUUGAUAAUCUGCAAGCAAUGUUGGUUGAAGAAUCUCUGUUGCUCAAAACUGUUGAAUGCGCCCGUUGGAACUCUUGCCAAAAUGUCAAAGUUGUAGCAAACAGGAUCCUUGGUGUCGUUGAAGAAUUUAUUCCAAUUUUAAAGAAAUCCAAGGAAUCAUUAGACAAUUACUUUACUUCUUGUGAUGGAUCCAUAAUCACGUUGGGUGGUGUCUCUCAUCCUUUUGUGAUUUCGCAACAGAUGGAACAGUUGGUGCUUUAUAACUUCCAAGUUCUUCAGAAGUUUGAGGAGAAGAUUUUCGUUUUUGUCGAGGGAGGAUUUGAGAAAAAUUCAAUUAUAAAAUCUGUGCUCAGUCAUUUUGAUGAAAUAUUCAGCAAGGGAAAAUUGAUUGCAGAAGAGUUCAGGGUUGCUUUUGAUAAGGAAGAUGAACACAAAAAUGUUCAUGAGCUAGCUGAUUCUUGUGAAAAAUUCCCUGAACUUGAAGCACAGUUUGGUGAUGCCUUCAAUAAAACAAUUACACAUGUUAUGGAUGUUUUGCAAAAGUUAGGUUCAUUGGGUAAUCCUGUUUCUCAACCGGAAGCACUGCCAUCAGGGAGUAUUACAGCAUGGGAGUCCCUAUUUAAAUCUGUAAAUUUGAGAGUGGAUGAACUAUGUGAUAAGCUUCUUGAAACAAUUCAGUUUGCGGAGAAUCUGGUAAAUCAUUCUGGCAAGAAGACUUCCUGUCUCUCUUUGCAUUGUGGAACACUAUUACAGUGCAUACAUGCCUUGCUGGACCUAAUAUUGAGCUUUAGUGACAGUUUCCUCGAAGAUUCCUUGGUUAUGAAUAAAACAGUUUCUGUACUUACUCAUGGACUUGCAAAUAUUUUUGCUGCAUUGUAUGCCAAAGGAUUUGGUGUUUCACCAAAAGACCAGGAAGAUGAUACCCAUGAUGAUAUGACUAAAGAUGCCAGUGGAACAGGUAUGGGGGAAGGUGCUGGGGUAAAAGAUGUCAGCGAUCAGAUAGAAGGAGAUCAGCUGCUUGGGGCAUCUGAAAAGCCAAGUGAAGAACAAGAUGUCUCGAAUGAUGUUCCAAGUAAGAAAGAAAAAGGAAUUGAGAUGGAGCAGGAUUUUGCUGCUGAUACAUUUAGUGUCAGUGAGGAUGACUCUGAAGAGGAUAAUAAUGAAGAAGAUGAUGAGGAUCAGCAAUUGGAGUCUGCUGUGGGGGAAACCGGAGAAAAGAGUGAAGUGGUUGAUGAGAAGCUUCAGGGAAAGGAUGAUGAUGACAAUCUAAAUAACAAUGAGAAGUAUGAAUCUGGGCCUUCAGUUAAGGACAGUGACAAGAGCAGUAGGGAAUUCAGAGGUAAGGAAGACUCUUCUGGUGCUGCUGAUGAACCUGACGAAAAUAAAAUGGAUGAACUUGAGAAGGAAACUGGUGAGACUGAAAACCAGGCUGAUCUUGAUGAGAAUGAGAACAUUGAAGACCUGAACUUAAACAAAGAAGAAGCAUUUGCUGAUCCAACUGGACUGGAUCUCAACGAGCCAUUUCAAAAUUCUAGUGAAGAUAUCAACAUGGACGAAAAAGAGGAAACUGAUGUUGUGGAUGAGAACGGUGAAGGUGAGGAAGAAGAAUCUGUUAAAGAUGGCACUGAUGAAGGUAACUCGAAUCCUGUUGAUGAAACCAUGGAAGAGAUGGAUAGUGAAAGAAAUGAUGGAACCACGGAAAAGGAUGAAAUGGUGGAUGCAACUUCUGAUGAGAAGGAUGAUCUUGGUGGUGAUCACAAGGAGGAUCCCAAUUUCAACCAAAUGGCUGCAAAGAAAAAUAUUUCUGAGUCAGAAAUUUCUGAUGUCAAUGGUGAUUGUGUUCCUGAUGGGGGAACUGCGACGCAGGCAAACAGCGAGGUAUUAGAUGUGAGCAAUAUUGCACCCGAAGCAAACUGGGCUAAUAGCAGUGACAUCUACAAUGACGUUGCUCAGAGAAAUCUCCCUUCCACCAACAAUUCUGAGUUGAAUAUGAUGGCUGCCAACUCAUCAGAUAGUGGGAAGGUUGGUGAUCAUCAUCCAAAAUCAGAGUUCCCUCACCCAGAUGAUGCUCCAUUUCAUAGAAAACAAUCAAACCCUUACAGAAAUGUUGGGGAUGCACUUCAGGAAUGGAAAGAAAGAGUCAGCAUCUCUGUUGAUCUUCAGGAUGAUAACAAGGAGUCACGGGAAGAAAUUGAGGAUGACAAUGCUAAUGAGUAUGGUUAUGUCUCUGAGUUUGAAAAAGGAACAGCUCAGGCUCUGGGACCUGCUACAGCUGAUCAGGUUGAUGCUGAUGUCAAUGUCAAUAAGCCUGAUGAAAAUACUGUUCCGAGAAAGGAAGAUGGUAUCACUGAUAUGGAAAUAGAUGAGAAUUCUGAUGAGUAUCCUAUUAGGCACUCUUCCUCAAUCAUUAAAAAUAAGAUCAACGACCAGGUUCAGGUUUCCGAGUUAGAGGAGCAAGCAAAUCAUCAAUACCCUAGAGACCAUAGACAUGAUGAUGGUGAUCAAAGAAACAUUUCAGAGUGCUUGGUCUCUUUAAAGAAGUCUUACUUGAGUGAAGAUGUAUAUCAACUCAACAGACUUUCUAUAAAUGAAGAGGAAAUGGGACAAGUCCAGCACCUUGAAGAAGCUUCCGGUGAGGUCAAAAGUAAUGCAAGUGCUCUUUGGAAAAGAUAUGAGCUGCUUACAACAAGAUUAUCCCAUGAGUUGGCUGAACAACUACGUCUUGUUAUGGAACCCACCAUUGCCAGCAAACUCCAAGGGGAUUAUAAGACUGGCAAAAGGAUUAACAUGAAGAAGGUCAUUCCGUACAUUGCUAGCCAUUACCAGAAAGAUAAAAUCUGGCUAAGGAGGACCAAGCCAAAUAAGCGAGAUUACCAAGUUAUUAUUGCUGUUGAUGACUCCCACAGUAUGUUAGAAAGUGGUUGCAGUGAGGUUGCUCUUAAAGCUUUGGUGACUGUUUGUCGUGCCAUGUCACAAUUGGAGGUUGGAAAUUUGGCUGUUGCCAGCUUCGGAAAGAAAGGAAACAUAAGGUUGUUGCAAGAUUUUGACCAGCCCUUCACUGGUGAAGCAGGUGUUAAGAUGAUUUCUAGUUUGACAUUCAAACAAGAGAAUACUAUCACCGAUGAACCAGUUGUUGAUCUGUUGACGUUUUUAAAUAAGAAGCUGGAUGCUGCAGUUACAAAUGCACGACUUCCUUCUGGACAAAACCCUCUACAACAACUUGUUCUAAUUAUUGGGGAUGGCCGGUUGCACGAGAAGGAGAACUUGAAGCGUCGUGUUAGGGAUGUCUUAAGCAGUAAGCGAAUGGUUGCUUUCCUGGUUCUUGAUAGCCUGCAGGAAUCAAUCAUGGAUCUUAAGGAGGUUAUGACUAGUCAGGACAAGAACAAUCAAUUUAAAAUCUCGGUCUCAAAGUAUCUGGAUUCUUUUCCCUUCCCAUACUACGUUGUGUUGAGGAAUAUCGAAGCACUUCCCAAGACCCUAGCUGAUCUAUUGAGACAGUGGUUCGAGCUCAUGCAGAAUUCAAGAGACUAGACACACAGUUAUGAUCGAAGGAUGGAGAUGCGGAGAAGAUGAAAGGAGCACAAAUGAGUAAAUAUCCAACACAGCUAAUUUGGGAGCUGCCUAUUAGGAGAUGAAACUGAUGAUAGAUCCAUAUUCUUUAUAGGUAUAAAUGUGACAGACAAGUAUGUAUGAUAGCCAGCUUGGUAAGCUUCAUUGUGAAACCCCCCUAUCAUUUUCUUCAAGAAACAGAACU